AUGAGCGUAUUCAGCUGUCUUGGGCCUUGUGGAGAACAAGUAGCGUGUCUGUCUCCUUUGGCCAUCGUUAUCCGCAGCGGCAACUUGCCCGUUUUAGCCCAACACAUCGAGCAACAAAAGUCCCCAGGCUGUGGCUGCGAAGAGGGGACAGUGGGAGCUAAUUAUGCCGGCUGCCAGUCUAAGACACGUCUAGGAAAGAAGUGUCAGAAUUGGAAUUCGCAGACUCCUCACAAACACGAAACCCUUACAGACGAGAAUCACAACUACUGCAGAUCUGCAGGACAAGGAGACUCUAUUUGGUGCUUUACGACAGAUCCAGACGUCCGCUCCGACUUCUGCGAUCCCCUAGGCCCCAAGACACAGCUGGUGCAACCAGGAGAUACCAUUGAUUUGGUACUAGAGGGUUUCUUUUCGGAGGCGUAUUAUGACUUGGCCUUUUUUAUGCCAUCUAUACUUGGAGAUGGGGCCCGGCCGUGCGGACCGGGACUGGAGACAAGAGAUAUUCAUCUUAAAAAGUCAUCCAACGGCACAAUAAAUAAAGCUCUUCCUCGUCUUUCAGCUGGUGGUCUCUCCGCUCUUAUCUGGCAAGAUGUGCAGGUUGAAUCUUCAGCGCAUGGCUCCUACAGGCCGAAGAAAGAAUUGGAGACAUUUGACGUCCAGACAGGGACUCCUGCCUCUGUCUCGCUGACGGGCUUUGGUUAUACGAUAGGAGACACUGUCUCCAUUACGCGUUCUUCUUACAACUGCGACUUCUCCGCCGUUGCCUUCGCUGAGUCUAUGGGCAGUCUUCUUUUGCGAGGCGCCGAGGCAUACCGCCAACUAGCCUUCGCCCUCGAGCUGGGGACAGCUACAGCUGCUAAGCUCACCCCUACCUCCAUAUAUAUAAGCAAAAACGUUACAUCCCUCCCCUUGCCAGCCUUCACUAUCUACCAAACGGGGGUGUACUACGCAUGCUGGUCACCUUCAGGGUCCAACGUCUCCCUACCAGCAGCCAAAAUCAACGUCACAGGUGUGGAGUUGCGCCGCCAUUUUUACGCGCUGUACGUUUCCAAUUCCUCUAAAGUUGAAGACCGUCCCUUUUCGAUAUUUAUUAAGGCUCGGGGCCCCGUUCCUAAGCCCCUAGAUAGUGAGAUAUAUCUGACCAAACCAGCAAACACCCCCUGUGGGGGCACCAUUGUAGGACGUCCUAAGGAAGUCGUCGAGCAGCCGGUAGCCGAGGACAGCGAGACCAAGUUCUUCAUUGCAGAGCAAAUGACUGUCGGGCGGCUUGGUGACGGCGAAAAUACAUCUGAAGGGACGCUUGAGGUUUGUUUAGAGCUGGAGCAGAAGGCAUAUUCAUUGGGAGUGGCUCAUCUUAGCAGGGCCCUCGUGUACCCUCUGGAUUUGUUUCAGAGGGGAUCCCACGGGUCUCCUGGUAUCCCCCACAGCACUUUCUCGCUAACAGUCGAGAAGUUCAGCGCUUUGGGGCUGCACUGGAUUGGGGCGGAGACGGAGACGGAUUGCUUCUUCGAACAGGACUUACAUGCAUUUUUUAGCCAAGGGGACUUUCCAAAGGCACUGAGCUUCUGGGUGGAGGAGACAGGUGUCUCCGUUUGGUAUUCCUCGAUAGCGAAUCCAACCCCAAAAGCACUGGCGUGGUUUUCUGCCCCAGAUGUUUCUGCUGUAGCCGUUCAUGCAGACAGUAGCAGAGUGUUGUUUUUCCUAUUGAAGAAAGAGUUUAAAGUCCUUGAGGUGUACGACAUGACGAAGCCGAGACACCUCUCAGAGCUGUCUCCUCUCGCCACCACCUCAGGGACGACGUUGCUGUUCGAACCCACAGGGCUUGCGCUGCUGCAGGAGAAGAGUGAAUGCCGCGUUGUUGUAGCAGACAGACGCAGGAAACAGAUUCUGCUCUUCGACAGUGGAUUGCAGCUGCUAGAGGCCCAGUCUACAUGGCCAAAUAUGUCAGGGCCUCUCGAAGGCCCGCGUUCUGUCUUUUGUAUCCCCACACCCGACCGCUCCUCUUCCAAUCUCUUCGAUUGCUACUUGGCAGACCAAGAGACGGGAAGAUUAAUUCUUCUGCAGUACGAUACAACUACUAACACCUCCUCCUUCGUCUCCGAGGUCUCCUCCAACGAAAAUGGAUCCCACAAACUGGUAGAGCCCAAGCUCGUUGUUGUCUACGCCUACAAUGGAUAUACGCUGCUCUACGUUGCCGAGGAGGGCAAGACGGAGCCAAUGCUGCUAACAAAACCAUAUGGCCACUCUGAGAUGCGUUUGUAUCAGCGGCUGGACUCCGUCUCUGCAGGAGAGACGGAUAUGAAGUGGAUGUGCUUGCUGCAGACAGGGGAUGCCUCGGGAGGUUUGAGCGGCGUCUGGUUGAUGACGUUUCACAACUCUUACGAUGGGCCAAUGGUCCACCUAGUACCUCUUGACACCACCGCCACCACCCCCGACUUCAAAUACACCCCAAGAGAAUGGUAUGCCUUAGGGGAGGAACAUCGACUUGAGCCCUCUAUCGUGGGGGCCAGCUCAAACGCAGGUCUCGCAAGUUUUGCUUUGAACCCAGCGGCUGCCUCUUUUGCCUUUAUGGAGAGAAAUGUUAGUAUAGAAGAGACGUCAGGCACAAUUACCCUUCGCCUUAUUGACAUCCAAGAAGAGCCCAUUACUGUUGAAGUCAUUGGAAGCGGAGUCGUCAAUAGCGUCAAUACCUCCUUUACCUUCCGUGUCGGCUGCAAAGACGGGCAUUACUACAGCAAUGGCAUGUGUAUCAAAUGCCAAACAGGGUCCUUUAACAGUCUUGCACUUGUUAAAGAGAGCCCCACUAGCUACUUCCACGCAUGCAGAAAAUGCGCAGAUAAACGCAGUACAGUAGCAGAAGGUUCCACAAGCAAUGAGCAAUGCCUAUGCGAGAAGGGUUACCACCUCGACAAAGAGACAGAAGAAUGCGUGCCUUGCGCUGAAGGGUCCUACAAAGACACCGUAGCAGACACAGGGUGUACAGGAGGCGGCUGUCCCCCCCACUCUGUCUCGCACGUCGUUGGUGCAGUUUCCUCUGAAGAAAGAUACUGCUCUUGUUUGCCAGGCUAUUACGCGGUGUAUACCGACGAUGAGAUGCAAUGUCUGGAGGUGGAAGAGGGCUAUUUCUCAUUAGGAGGAUAUGGGGCCCAGCGGAUAUCUUGCCCUCCGUUCACAUCAACAAAUGCGGAGAACGGGCUUUCUGUUGACUUGACGCAUUGUCUCUGCAAGCCAGGAUAUGCCCCUGCUUCUGCGGAAUCCCUAGCAGACCCUACAACCCCUGCGAGCCUGCUUAAGCGGUGGCUGCUGCUGAACCCUUUCUAUGCAAGCCUGCAAGACACGCAAGUCUGCAUGCUCUGUGGAAGGAGACACUACAAAGGGAGGGUGUCAGCAGAGGCCUGCAUCGAGUGUCCCCUCAACUCCUUCUCGAGUGAAGACGGACCCACAGACAAGAGCAGCUGCAACAUGUGUCUCGCCGGUUACUACCACACAUCCAACGAGGACCUUCCUUGUGGAGAGUGUCAGGCGCACCACUUCUGCGUGGGGUCGGAGCCUGCUGUCGAGUCGCUGGCUCCUCUGGCAGGGGACAAAAUCCCUUGCUCAGACUAUACGGAAACAAUCGAGCCCAACAGCAAAAAUACAGAUCCUUUCAGCUGCAUGUGCAUGGCAGGGUAUGAGUACGCUGGGAUUGACAACAGCACCCACAAAGUGACUUGUCGUCCUGUGCCCCUGGGCUCGUACAAGGAGAGCAUAGGAAACUUAGAAGCAAUUAAGUGUCCCCCCGGCAGCAACACGCUCAGCACGGCCUCCAAGUCCCUCUCGGAUUGCGUCUGCAGCGCCGGCUACUACUUGGACCAAGACAGUCGGGUUUGCCAGCCGUGCCCAGUGGGUGCGUACUGUUUAGGGGGUAUUGACGCGACGACUAAUUUGCAUAGUUCUUUUGUGCUAUGUCCCCCCAACACGACGACAAAGGGAGAAAUGUCGUCAUCGUUAAAGGACUGUAUGUGCGACAAGGGGUAUUACCGAGCAGGGUCGGGGACAACCAUGGAGACUGUAACCUGCAACAAGUGCAGAGUCAACUCUUACAAAGACUGGAUCGGCAAUGAUAAUUGCAAACAGUGCAGCGAAAACUCGGGUAUGAACGUCACGGGUUCCACCUCCUCCGCGCAGUGUCUUUGCAGCCCCGGCUACUACUAUAACAGCGAGCUCCGCGAGUGUCUUGCAUGCAAGCAAGCCUACAAAUAUUGUCCCGGGGGGGAGACAGAUUGUUCGGAAGACGACAAAGAAUGUGUUAAUGGAAAGAAACCGAUUCAGCCAGUAGAUUGUCCUAAACACACAAGAAUCACAGAAGGGUUCGAUACCCCUGCAACCCUCGACGACUGCAAGUGCGACCGUGGUUAUGCAUUUAAAUACAUAGAUGUGGAGAGGAACGUGAAGGUGUGCGAGCCUUGUAGCGAGGGCUCUUACAAGACGACUGUGCAGGACAUUAACUGCAACGGUCUGUGCGGUGUCUCUUCAACUAGUUUAGAAGGCGCUCAAGCCCAAGCACAGUGUUUCUGCGAAGAGGGAACAUAUUACGCUGCGGGGGUUUGCCAUGCAUGCCCUGACGGGGCUGUCUGCCUUGGGGGUUUGGUGGAUGCUGCAGUGGAGCGGCUGUUAAGAGAUCCGAGUUAUGUUGAGAUCACGGUUGAAGACCAUGUGAAGCCUUAUCCGCAAGCUGGGUAUUAUCUAAACAAACAGAGAGAAGUGCUGACAGCUCCUUCCGAUUGGCAGUUCUUAAAAUGCCCCAUUGCCGAUGCUUGUCUUGAGUUUGGUGUGUGUGCCUCUACUAUGGGGAACUACCUUUGCAGUGAAUGCAAGUUUGGGUAUACAAAUGGGUUUCAAAAGGAUGAGUUUUGCACUGCAUGCCCUUCUCAGAUCCCCAAUGCUUUGUUAUUUGUUGGCUAUCAGCUGGCUCUGCUGCUCUUUAAUGUGGGCAUGGCCUACAUGAACGUGGCUGCGGGCUUUAACAGACGAUCUAUACACUCCAUUGUCAUUAAGAUUGCCUCCAACUUCCUCACCUGCAUGUCGGUGCUGACAGUUGUUGACUUCAACCAAAUUAGCCUCCCUACGUGGGUCACAAGUUUGACACGAAAUGUGUCGGAGACGAUUAUUCAAAAGGAAGCAAGCAGCACGCGUUUUACUGCUGUCGAGUGUCUUCUUCGAGAGGGGUUCUCUUUGUCUUUCUCCGAUUCCUUCUUCUACUCUAUGUUGCUCAACGCUCUGCUGCCCAUCAUGCUUCCCGUAAUCGCGACCUUUAUCUUGUACUUCUUCUUGCACCGAUUUCAGCACUAUUAUCGGAACUCCAUUAAGAAGAAACUGCUGCUGCUAGGAGAGACCGAGCGCUAUGGGCUAACCAGUCUCACUGUCCAGCUGCGCGAGAGAUACGAAGAAGACAGAGCCUUUAUGAUGUUCCGUUAUGUGCCAAUUCCUGGAGACUCGCAGUGGAGACGGUGGCAAAAGUUUGUAGAAGAUAUGAUUCCUAUUUAUGUCACAGUCCUUUUCUUCUUGUACACCGCCACAACCCGUCAUAUGUUGAGUUUGCUCGACUGCUCCGUCAUCGACUACGGUAGCGCUUAUGGGUCAAAGUCUUUCUUGCGAGCAGCUAUGAGCAUCGAGUGUAGGGUGGAGCCAUCUAGCGAUUAUUUCAAGUUCUUUGCUCUUGGGAUCGUUGGGAUCGCAGUAUGGAGUGUGGGGAUCCCGCUGGUUUCCAGCAGCAACAAUGGAUCGCGGCUCUGGCCUGCGUGCGUCGUAGCCGUCGUCUUCAAUAUUUACCACUUGAACUGCCAGCCUUUUGACAAAAGAAAUUACUCUACUCUUGACAACCUGGAGAACCACAGCAUGUCUAUUUGGACUUUGACCAUUUGUAUAAUGUUGGCGAUAGCGGGAUCGAAUUUCGAUGCGAACGUAAACGUGGCACUGGCAAUUGUCGUCGUGGUUGCUCUGCUGCUUUUUGGAUUGGAAGUCUUGGUUAAUUUAAUGUUUGCGUAUUUUGACAAUGUGCGUGCAAAUCGAUCAUUUUUCAAAGUGCCGGUGAUAGGAUAUUUGUUUCGUGCAUUUGCUCGAUGGUCAGAAAAGAGGAAAUCUUGGGAGCCUUUGGUGGUUUACGAUGUAGAAAAUGAUAUAAUUCGAUUAAUUGCUGCCAAGAGACAUCGCACACUUAAAAUUAGUACUAAACAAUCGACUACACGCAUCAACUCGAAAGAAAGACAAUACUUCCUCAAGGUCAUGGCAGAGACACUUGGGUUUGCGGUUGUUCACAUGAAGUUAGAUGUCAUUCCUGGUACAUUUUUAGAGUUUGUUUUGCGUCUUGGAUUUGCCUUCCAUAAAGUCGAAGAGGAGACACAAGAAAGCAACAAGUCACUCCAAGCCAUUGCUAGAGGAGAUAUCUCCAUGCUUGCCGAUUGGUCUCUUCAACAAAAACAAAAACUAUCAAGAAGAGGAGAUGCUAUUAAAGACGAACCUGCUAAAGCAGAACCCCUCGAGGGUUUCUUUAAACGCAUCGAGAAAAAGCUGAUAAUCGACCAAAAAAAGAUUAAGCGGAGGAGACUUAAAGACAUCGAAGGAGGAUACUCUGCAAGCGACCUCGAAAUGGAGGAAAAGGAAGAAGAGGAAGAUGAUGACGAGGAGGAGGAAGAAAAAGAAAAAGGAGAGGAAGGAGAAGAUGCUGGGGAACAAGAUGAUGAAAACCAAACAAACGACCAAGAAGACAUAAGCGACGAAGAUCAAAACACACAACUCCUAAACAAAAGAAGAAAUGCCGCUUCUCCUAAUGUAGAGCGUCUGAUGUCUGAGUUGGGGAGAGAAGAGCAGCGAGAGUCUGCGUAUAUUUUUGAUAACGAGGUGAUGGAGUGUGGGUUGCCAUUGUCUGAGUUAUAUCUAGCGUUAUUAAAGCUGCAGCUAGAGGAUGCAGCAACAAUUAGCCAUCAAUAUGAAUCAUUUAGAGCUCGUAAAGCUGCUUAUUUAGCUAAAGUAGCAGAGAAACUUAAACGUAGAAACAGGAAGCUCAGGCUAAUCCGCUAUGCCCUUCAAGCAGCAGCCAAGGGAGCAGCAGAUUCAGACAUUGAGGCACUCGGCUUUACUGCUGAAGCGUUUAGUCAGAUACAGGAAAAGGUAGAAACACUCAUUAAACAGCAGAGACACCUCAAGGAGACACUUAAUAGACUUAAGAGUGAUCCCGAUAGCUACCAAGGAGAAGACCUCCACCUUGAAUGGGUCGACGUCGAGGGAGCAGGAGAUGAUGACGCCUUGGGGGAGAAACAAGAUGACUCAGAAAAGGGAUCAGAAAAAACACCCGCUAGUGAAGACAGCGAAAACCACAGCGAACUUCCAAGGAGCAGCAGCAACCACAGCGAGUCAUCCGAGGACGAAAAGGAUGUAACAAGCAACAAGCCGAUUUAUAUAAUUGGCGCAGAUGCAGAGGCAUGGGCUGAGUGA